UCUGCAAAAUUCUCACACACCCACAACAAAAAUGGAAGCUCUCAUCUACCAAUUCACCCUCCUUUCAAACCAAGCGUUGGAAGACAAAAGCUUCGAUCCAUCCAACAUCGAAGACCUGAUGAAGCUCUUCGAGAUCGAAUCCUACAAGUCGUGGGCAGCCAUGGAGCUGGAGCAGCAAAAAGAAGCCGAAGAAGCCGAGUCGGCCAUGCAGCAAGCCGAGGAGUACCUCGACUCGGCCAUGGAAAGCGCCAUGGACGAGUUCAGACGCUUUGAGGAGGAGCUCGAAAGCAUGUCGAAGGCGGAGAUGAACAGCCUCGUGGAAACCGCUGAGAAUGCUAGAAAGAUGGGGAAUUCCAUGGAGAAGAAGGCGGCCAUUGCUUCCAAGAGAUAUAUGGAGGCUGCCAUGAAUUCUGCUACUGCUUCCAUGAAAUCUGCUUGGAAGGGACUUGCAUCCAAGAAGGUUCACCCUUCUUGAUUGGCUCAUAUAUAUAUAUAUAUAUAUAUGAUGUAAUAUUUCUCCUUUAUUUACUUUUGUUUUGUCCUUGUAUUUCUUUCGAGCUAUAUUUGGUAAUAUGGGGAAAACCAAUAAUACCAUGAUAAAUAAUUAAUUAAGUUUUUUUUUUU